AGCUAACCUCCGGACGAGCGAGAGAGGCAAAAGGCUUUACGAGCUUUAGAGCUCUCGGCAAACAACAAUGGCGUCUUCCUCUGCGACGCUCUCUCUCUGUUCUUCCUUCGCGGCGCACUGUAAGGCCACUCCUAAUCGUUGUAACCCUAAUCUCGUUUCUCUCCCUAAGCCGUCGAUUCCCGUGGCUAAACCCGUGCCUGGGUUCAUCGCUCCUUCAUCCGUCGGGUCGACCCGACCUGUAUUCCGACUCGCUCCCAAAUUCGCCGAAUCUGAAGCGCCCGUUGUGGAGUCCGAGUCCGAGUCCGAGGUUACUGAGUCUACUGAGUCCGAACCUGCCGAGGUAGCUGCGGAAAAGCCCAAGAGGGAAGAGGUUUUCGCCGUCGUCAUGGUUGGUGGCCGCCAGUAUAUAGUCUUUCCGGGGAGAUAUCUCUACACUCAGAGGCUGAAGGAUGCAAAUGUGGAUGAUAAGAUUGUCCUGAACAAGGUUUUGCUCGUCGGCACAAAGACUCAUACUUACAUUGGCAAGCCCGUUGUGACUAAUGCCACCGUUCACGCAGUGGUGGAAGACCAUGGCUUGAAUGAUAAAGUGGUCGUCUUCAAAUACAAGCCGAAGAAGAAGUACCGUAGAAAUAUCGGACAUCGACAGCCGAAUACGAGGAUUAGGAUCACAGGAAUCACGGGGUAUGAGGAUUAUCCAGCAGCCGCCAAUGUCGCCGUCUAGAGAUGUUCAGAGGAUGAACUUUGACAUGAAUUUCUUCAAUGUUAGUUGAGUUCACACCCAUGUUUCUGAUUUUGUAUGUAAUUCCUUGCACUCUUUGCUUCCAUAAUGAAAGUGUUUCCAUUUUUUUUUA